UCAUAUUCUUCCCUUUAUGUCUCUCUCUGUCUUAGCUCUGCAUCUUCACCGCAACUUGUUCCAACUUCAACUCCCAACUUCAACUACGCUUAAUCUCUGAGAUCCAAAAACUUCAUCUUUUCCAUUUCACUACCCAAUUUUUCAUUUCAAUUUCUCAAUUUUGAGAUACAUUUCGAAGCUUCCGCCGUUAUAUUUUUUUGGGGGUUUUCGAUUCUAACAUAGUUGUUGUAUUCUAGUACCUGUUCCUGUUUUUCUUCUUUAUUUUUCAACCGCAGAAGCUGUAUUGGUUUCUUAACUUUACUGGGUCAUAGUUUUUAUUGAGCUUUGUUCUGGCUACAAUUGAAAGUUUUCACCUUUUGAUUUGUUGAGGAUUUGGUUUUCUCUUUGCGUUUUGACUAUACCCUUUUAAAAGUGGGAGCUUGGGGUGAUCUGGAUUUGAAAUUAAGAAGAGGGUUUUUAUGCUUUAGUUGCAAAGAUGCAUCCUGAUCAGAGAAAAAAGUCAUCUGUGGAUGUAGAUUUCUUUACUGAAUAUGGUGAAGGGAGCAGAUACAAAAUAGAGGAAGUGAUUGGUAAAGGAAGCUAUGGUGUUGUUUGCUCUGCAUAUGAUACACACACUGGAGAAAAGGUUGCUAUAAAGAAAAUCAAUGACAUAUUUGAACAUGUAUCAGAUGCCACUCGCAUUCUUCGUGAGAUUAAGCUUCUUAGACUUCUACGGCAUCCGGAUAUCGUGGAGAUCAAGCAUAUUUUGUUACCUCCUUCAAGAAGGGAAUUCAAAGAUAUAUAUGUUGUUUUUGAACUUAUGGAAUCUGAUUUACAUCAGGUCAUCAAAGCAAAUGAUGAUCUAACACCAGAGCAUUACCAGUUUUUCCUCUAUCAGCUUCUACGAGGAUUGAAGUAUAUACACACAGCAAAUGUUUUUCACCGAGAUUUAAAGCCAAAAAACAUUUUGGCAAAUGCUGAUUGCAAACUGAAGAUUUGCGACUUUGGUCUUGCCAGAGUAGCUUUUAAUGAUACACCUACUGCUAUAUUCUGGACAGACUAUGUUGCAACAAGGUGGUAUAGGGCUCCUGAGUUGUGUGGAUCCUUUUUCUCCAAGUAUACACCGGCUAUAGACAUAUGGAGCAUUGGCUGCAUUUUCGCAGAACUUUUAACUGGAAAACCUCUUUUCCCCGGCAAGAAUGUUGUCCAUCAACUGGACAUCAUGACUGAUUUUCUUGGAACACCAUCUCCUGACGCCAUUGCAAGGGUACGGAAUGAGAAAGCUCGCAGAUACUUGAGCAGCAUGCGCAAGAAGAAGCCAGUUCCUUUCUCACAGAAAUUUUCUAAUGCAGACCCCCUUGCUCUACGAUUGUUAGAAAGAAUGCUGGCAUUUGAGGCUAAGGAUCGGCCUACUGCUGAAGAGGCCCUAGCAGAUCCAUAUUUUAAAGGCUUGGCCAAGGUCGAGAGAGAACCUUCUGCUCAGCCAGUUACUAAGAUGGAAUUUGAAUUUGAGAGGCGGAGGAUAACAAAGGAAGAUGUACGAGAGCUUAUAUACCGAGAAAUAUUGGAGUACCAUCCAAAGAUGUUAAAGGAAUUUCUAGAAGGAGCAGAGCCAACGGGUUUCAUGUAUCCAAGUGCUGUGGACCUUUUCAAGAAGCAAUUUGCAUAUCUCGAGGAGCAUUAUGGCAAAGGGGGAACCGUUGCUCCACCUGAGAGGCAGCACGCUUCGUUGCCAAGAGCAUGUGUAUUGUAUUCUGAUAACACGAUGCAGACUACGGCUGAGGUUGCAGAUGAUCUAUCCAAAUGUUGCAUCAAAGAAGUUGAGAAACCGGCAGUAGAUAGGAGUAGUGCUGUUCCGAUGACCCGGCUUCCUUUACAAGCUCCUCAAAAUAUUCAAGGUGUUGCUGCAAGGCCUGGAAAAGUUGUUGGUUCUGUAAUGCGUUACAACAACUGUGGGGUGGCAGUGGCGACAGAAACCGAACAGCGGAGGGUGGUUAGGAAUCCAUCUGUUUCAGCUCAGUAUGCUACUUCAAGCUGUUCAUAUCCAAGGAGAAAUCCGAACUAUAAAAGCGAGAGGGCAGAAGAUGAUGGGAUUGAAAGUUCUAAUGAGCUGCAGCCAAAGCCUCAAUAUAACAUGACAAGAAAAGUUGCUGCUGCUCAAGGCGGAGCAGGUGGCCAGUGGUACUGAUUUUGACAUAAUGUUGAAUAUAUGUAUCCUAAAGAAGGUCUUGAUACAUGGAUUUAAUGUGCUACACCUAAUCUUCUUGAUCUUCUGAACUGCAAAAAUUUGAAGUGGCAUAACCAUGACAAUGUACAAUGAUCAACCAAAGGUAGAGCCUGAGAGACUCACUUCUAAUCUAAAGAACAAGUUUCUAGCGGACGGCUUCAUCGAUUGGAAGUUCGGAAAGGUGAUCUGCACAGUCCAAUUGAUGGAUUUUCUUACACUCUACUCUAAUUUGUUAAGUAACAAAACACAAAAGACCUGAUAGAUAACUCAUGAACUUGAAGGCAGAACGGUUGCUUCAUUGCAGAACUGAAGUUGUUACUUUAUCUUGGGUACCAUCUAUAAAAUUAAAGAUAAUGUAUUUUAAAAAGGAGAUUGAUUUGUAGUCAAAAUCAUAAUCUCUUGUAUCUCUCUCUAGUUCUUUCUGAGUAACUUAAUUUGGUGUUAACAAACGAGACCACCUAAGUGCCUAAAGAAUUUUAAUUCCUUCAAACUAUAUGUAAGCUUACUCAACUGAUUUCUAUACCUACUCAAUAUAAUAGUUAAUCUAUCUUCGUAAAUCUA